UCGACUUACUUCUGCGAACGUAAUGUAGGGGGGUAUAGAAAUUAGAAAGAGACAGCAACAUCAGAGUGAAAGAGAUGAAUUCCAUAAUGUUGCCAUUUAACAAGUGAUUAAAAUAUUACUAGGUAUUAGUUUUACAUACACCAAAACAAUUGGCUCUGUAAUUUAUUUUUAUUGUAGUUAUGUGACCAUUAUUUCAUAUCUGGCGUUUUGGUAUGAAUUACAAAAUUUUGAUUAGAAUAUGCAUUAAAAAACACGAAUGGUAUUGGAGAUACGGUUGCCAUUAAAAAAAAAACACCGGUAUCUGAUUUUUUAACUUUUGACGUUACAAGAAAAAUGUCCGCCAGCUCCCGCGCAGCAUUUUGUCUUGUACUUAAGUUUAUUUGUAAUUAAUAAACUUUUUCCACUUAAUUCUACAUACAUCGUUAACGUUGAGUCGAGAUUACUCCUCCGUAACCGUGUUUUAGUGAAAUUAGGUGUGUGUUGUGAGAUAUAGACUCGGUGUUGAGACAGUGACUCUUUGAAUUUGUGUUUAAUUUUCGUGAUGAGUUCGAGUAAAGAAAACACUAGAACCUGUUGCAUGUGUGGAUCUUCACCUUGUAAAGAUCCCAAUAUCACUUUGCAUCGGUUCCCGAAGCCUGGCACUAAAAAUGUUAUGCGGUGUGAAUUAUGGGCAAAGUAUUGUUUUCCAAAUGAAGCCUGGUCUUCACCACAAUUCCAGAAUGAACUCCAUUCGAAACAUAAAUUGCUUUGCAGCAAACAUUUUGAAAGCACAUGUUUUAUUGAGAAGAAUUUGUUCAGAACGGCUGUACCCGGGUUUAAGGAUACAACAAUUUCUAAUGUGCCAGAACAACCUGCCAUGUUUGAACCGGUUCCUGGUCCAUGCAGAAUUUUAAGAGAACAUAAUGCAAACAUUAUUACUCCUACCAGUUCUACAGCAAUAUUAGUUUGUGAAUCUUCAAAACAAGAAGAAGAUAAAAAAACCAGAAUUUUGGUACAGAAACUAAAAAGUAGUAUGAACAAAGUAUACAGACUACAAAAAACUGUUAAGCAUUUAAAAAAUGAAGCAUUUUUAAAUGAGAUAUGUAACAAUAAAACUGUGAACAAAAUCCUCUCUAAGAAAAUGAGUUCUUCAUUCGCAUUAUUGCUGCAAGGAGAACUACAAAAUUAUAACAGGAAGAAACCUGGCCGCAGGUGGAACAUGGAAGCCAAAAUAAUAGCAUUGAGGCUAUACAAACGUUCACCAACAUGCUAUAAGUUAUUAAGGCGAAUGAUUUGUUUGCCAGCACCUAGCACGUUAAAAUCCCUUCUAAGUGGUUUUAAAAUGAAUGUUGGGGUACACAAAACCACACUUACAGUGUUGAAAAAGAUGACAAAACACUUAGACCCAUCAGACAAGGAAUAUAUAUUGUUGUGGGAUGAAAUGUCUUUAAGAAAAAAUUUGUGGUACAACUCUAAGCUGGACCAUAUUGAGGGAUUCCAAGACCAUUCUACGCAAGGUAGAUCUCCGCAGGCAGCAUCAUAUGCUUUAGUAUUUAUGGCAGUUGGAGUUAGGAAGCCAAUAAAGCAACCAGUAGCUCACUAUUUAUCAAGCGGGUUUGUCACAGCUGACAGAUUGUCUGCUUUGAUUAAGGAGGUUUUAAAUCAUUGCUUUAAUGCUGGACUUAACAUCUGCGCUUCAGUUUGUGACUUGGAUGGAGUCAAUAAGAGAGCAGUGUGUCUCUUAGGAGCUUCUGUACAAAAUCCCUACAUUGAAGUGAGCAAUCAUAGAAUAAUAACUUUAUUUGAUACACCUCACCUGCUGAAAUGCUUCAGAAAUCUUUUUAUGAAAUACGAUAUUCAAUUCAGAACCAAUAUAACAUCUGACAACAUACAAGGAAUUGGAAUCGCUAAAUGGAGCCAUAUCAGGCAGUUCUACGAAUUGGAUUGCAACAACCCUAACUUUGUAUUUGCACCAUGUCUAACAAAAGAGCACCUUGACCCAAAUACAAAACAAAAAAUGAGGGUAAAACUUGCUGCACAAGUUUUAAGCCACUCAGUUGCAGCGGGAAUUUACUCAAAAAUAGCCCAAGGUAAAAUAUAUUUAAUGCUUAUUAAUUCCUACUAUCAAACAAUACGGAAAAUAAAUUUUAUUUGCUACAAACAUGUAUAUAUCCCACAUAUUACAAAUUAAAAUAUGCAUGUAAUAUUAUUAUAAUAUUUUGGCUUACUGACUGCCUCAUUGGCAGGG